CCGGUCUGUCGCGGAGAAAUUUCGGAUUGGCGGACUUCAUAUUGAAACAACAGAUUUGAGAAUUCAUCUGCUGCACAUCUACAAAAAUCCUCAUGUUGAAGGAGCAAGGUGGAGAGUGCCAAUCUGUUAUGAGAGCCGGUGAGUAAAAGGACUCGGUAGGGCAAGCCUAGUUGUACGAGUUAGCGGGGGUUCCUUCUGUUCCUACGAGAGACAUCAACCUAAUCUGUAGUUUAUCUGAGGUAAGCGAGCGCAUUUUUCGAUGUGUUUUCGAGAAACAAUUGCAGAAAUCUCAAGUCUAAGAUUGAGAUUCUAUUGUGCAUCAUGAAACAGGAGGAGUGCUUUAUGCUGUAGUAUCCCCCCAUGCCUAGUAGAGCUUCUUCCAUUCGUUGUUCUUUCUCUGAGCUUGGGUCCCGUUAUUUUCUUGAUUCUUCUGUUCUUGUUCAACAGUUUAUUAAAGAUCUUCUUCUUCACUCAUACGACAUACCUCCACCAACAGCAACAGAGUAAGCAAAAAUAAAAUGUCAUCGACGCAACAAGUUGCAGCUGCUGAGCUGCGGGAGACCGUACGCGUUUGCCGUGAUGCCAUGACCAACUUGGAAGGUGAGCUAGAUGGCCUUGCCACCGAAAAGGACAUCUUACUCAAAGAACUCGUCAGGAUACGGGAACGCUGCGCCAGCAUCGAUCACCAGUUUCUGUUGAAGCAUAAGGAGUACGAAUCGGCCUCUACGUUGUUGAAACUGUGUGAGGAAGAAUACUCAAAAGUGUGUGCGAGAAGAGAGCCGACAAGAGCACUGUUGGCAAACUCGAUGCAACCACCGAUAAUGAGUGCUGUGCAACAAGGUCAAGGAGGUGCUGCUUCUCCUCAGGGGAAUAGGUGAUCAGGAUGGCAGCCACUUAAUACAUGAGGGGAGUACUAUAAUUUUGACGCAUAUUAUGUGAACAACGCUAGUAUAACUGUGACAGUAGACUAAUCAUGAUCGAGUUCGAGCAGACGGCGACGGGAUUUGCGCGUAAACUGUCGACGGAUAUUAGACAGGUUGAUCGAUAUCGAAUACAAAUGAUUUCUUGAUUGUGUACUACAGCAAUGUGGAUCCAUCUCGAAAAUAAAUGAACUUUUAUUUUAGGCACUAUGACAUCCGCAU